GAUAUCGAAAAUGUGAAGGCUAUGUUCAAACACGCCAUCGCUCCACUCACGGCAACCUUGAGUCAACAGCUGGGUCACAAGCCUGAAUAUGCAGCUCUCUUCCUACCUUCCGUACUGGAUGACGAGAUAAGACGAGCUGGCAUCGACGCGAUCAAGGAAGACUUGCCCAACCUCGACCAGCGGCCCAUCAAGUGGGGUCCGUCCCACAUGGCUAUGUGUCAAGGGUGGGAGUUUUUGGAGGGUAAAUAUCUGAGCCGGCCACUUGAUCAGUGUAACGAUGAUGGCCCAAUCAACUUGAUCUUGGUACUAGAGUACGAAGAAAGCUACCUGUGGGCUUACCUCAAGGAAGUGGAUUGGGACGCGAGGGUCUUCCCUACGUGUCUUGAGAGGUUCGGCAAGGAAUGUGGAGAACGUUAUCGUGAGGAUAUCGGUGCGGACGCCUACCAUGAAAGAGUAAGCAACUUCGUCGAUGACUUCGUCAACAAUCAGGCUUUGCAGGGGUAUAACCGUGACGACAUUCGAGCUAUUGUAAUCGCCGGGGAAGCCUCUACAGAUGCAGUCACUGAGCUGGGAAGGAUCGCACAUAAGGCGGUGGAAACAGAGACUGUCAAAGUUCUGUCAGAUAUCGAAACAUCGGAAGUAGUGGCACACGGUGCAGCUGUGUGGGCCAAGCUUUUUGGGCGAGCUUACAACGAUUCAGGUUGUAUGCUCGAAUUUCUAACAGACGAGGAAUACGACGCCUGGGUUACACGUAUGGAGAAAGAAGGCCAUAAGAGUGAGGAAGAUGUGGAAAACAAGCCACAGCCAUUGUUAGGAUGGGAGGACAGCAAAUAGAUUACCGCAG